CCAGAGCAGGGGAAACUGGAACUUUUGAAUGGGAAGGAAGAAAUUAUUGUACAAUUCUUUUCUUGCAGGCUCAGAAAUAUCCGUUUAUUCUUUUAACCACACGGAUGUGUCUAUUUUUGGAGGAACAAGGAAAUAUAUAAAUGCCUGGGUUGCAUUUAUGCUGUAGUUGCAAACACCGAACUGUUAAAAAGAUUUUGCCGAAUUUUGCAAAGGAGCCAACAAGCCACCUUGGGAUCCUGAUAAUGCAGCUGGGAAGACCAUUGCUCUCAUUUGGCAAUAUUUUGGAUAUCCUUGGAAAUGACACCAAAAUAUGCUUUAACUUGACUAAGAAGAGGUUAAACAACAUUGAUAUUCAUCCAAAGUGAUUUUUUUUUCUAAAGCAGAUGCUUGGCUUUCAUGGAAAAAACGAGAGUUGUGGAAGAUUCAUUUAAACUACCAACCGAAAGCAUCAUAGACCACUGAAAUAGUCUGCGUCGUACAUCAGCACUUUCUUUUCAUCGUUAUUACGUAAAACCUCUGGAAGCACCUUGGGCGUUUUACAUUUUCUUUUCUUUGCUGCAGAAACAAUCUGCUCCCUGGAAUUCUGACCUGUCGUGAACAGGACCCUGGCAAAGACUGUGCUGGGGACUCUAGGACGAUCCCGCCUCCAAUCCAGCCUGGUUAAUUGUGAAAAGUGUACACAUUUCUGGCUUAUCUAUGCUUUGUUAUGGGUCUGACGUGAAACUACCUCCUCCCCACCCCACCCCCCAGCAGAGAACCAAAAUCCAGUUGAAUUGUUACAGUGUUUCGGAGCUGGAGCCUUGAACUGCUUCCUUGGUCAAAUAACUUUGUUUCUGGUUGUAAAAGGCAUUUCAGGGGGGAAAAAAAAAAAGGAAAAUCGAGAGAAAUCCAAAACCAGGAUGCCUUGAGACACACGCAGCAUCUGGUGGAGGAUUAACAUACAUACAUGUGUAUGUAUGCGUCACGUAUAUAUUUACUGCAAAUGGUGGGGAUCAUUUAGUGCCCGAGAUGGGAGACCUGAAGUCAGGUUUUGAAGAGGUGGAUGGCGUGAGGCUCGGCUACCUCAUCAUUAAAGGAAAGCAAAUGUUUGCCCUCUCCCAAGUCUUCACGGAUCUGCUGAAAAACAUCCCGAGGACGACCGUGCACAAGCGCAUGGAUCAUUUGAAAGUGAAAAAGCACCACUGCGAUCUGGAGGAGUUGCGGAAACUCAAGGCAAUCAACAGCAUCGCCUUCCACGCCGCCAAAUGCACGCUCAUCUCUCGGGAAGACGUGGAAGCGCUCUACACCUCCUGCAAAACCGAGCGCGUCCUCAAGACCAAGCGCAGGAGGGUCGGCCGGGCCCUGGCCACAAAGGCGCCGCCACCAGAGCGCGCCGCCGCCGCCGCCAGCCCCCGCCCGGGUUUUUGGAAGGACAAGCACCAACUUUGGCGGGGCCUGAGCGGAGCCGCGCGGCCCCUGCCAAUCAGCGCGCAGUCCCCGCGCCCGGGCGCCGCCGCCGCGCGCCCCGCCGCCCAUCUACCUCAGAUUUUUAGCAAAUACCCGGGCUCGCACUAUCCGGAAAUCGUGCGUUCGCCUUGCAAACCCCCUCUAAACUAUGAAACUGCCCCGCUCCAGGGAAACUACGUUGCUUUCCACUCGGACCCUGCUUAUUUUCGGAGCCUGCUCUGCAGCAAGCACCCGGCUGCCGCCGCCGCCGCCGCCGCGGCUGCCGCCGCCGCCGCCGCCGCCGCAGCCUACUACCAGGCGUCGGCGGCCGGGCCCGAGCCCAAGGCGGCGGCGGGCGCUGGAGGCCCGGUGAGCCUGACCUACCGGUGCAAGCGCAAGCGCGGGGGCGCCAAGGACUGCCUGCUCGCGCCCCACGCCGGCACCCGCCGCCUGCUCCUGCUGCCCAGGUCCUACAAAGCCAAGGCGGCGGCGGCGGCGGCGGCAGCGGCGGCGGCGGCGGCCGCCGGGGCCACUUGCCUGGAGAGGUUUCAUCUGGUUAACGGCUUCUGCACGCCUCCCCACCACCACCACCACCACCACCAUCACCACCACCAUCACCACCACCGGGCCCAGCAGCCGCCGCCGAACCACCACCCCCCACAUCACCACCGGCCUCAGCCCCAUCUCGGCAGCUUUCCCGAGAGCUGUAGCAGCGACUCGGAGUCCAGCUCCUACUCGGACCAUGCAGCCAACGACUCAGAUUUUGGCUCCAGUUUGUCCAGCUCCAGCAACUCGGUGUCCUCGGAGGAGGAGGAGGAGGAGGGAGAAGAGGAGGAGGAGGAGGAAGAGGAGGAGGAAGAGGAGGAAGAGGGGGGUAGCGGGGCCUCGGAUUCCAGCGAAGUCAGCUCGGAGGAGGAGGACUCGUCCACGGAGUCGGACUCCAGCUCCGGCUCCAGCCAAGUGUCCGUGCAGAGUAUCCGUUUCAGACGCACCAGCUUCUGCAAGCCUCCCAGCGUGCAGGCGCAGGCCAACUUCUUGUACCAUCUGGCCUCCGCCGCCGCUGCAACCAAACCCGCUGCUUUCGAGGAUGCCGGCAGACUUCCCGACCUCAAGAGUAGUGUCAAAGCGGAGUCGCCGGAGGAGUGGAAUCUGCAGAGCUGGGCCCCCAAAGCGUCUCCGGUGUACUGCCCCGCCAGCCUGGGGAGUUGUUUCACAGAGAUAAGGAACGAUAGGGUAUCUGAGAUUACAUUCCCACACUCUGAAAUUUCCAGUACUGUAAAGAGAACUGACCUGACAAUUAACUGCCUGGCGGAGGGGGCCUCUUCACCUAGCCCAAAGACAAACAAUGCAUUUCCACAACAAAGAAUACUCCGAGAGGCGAGGAAAUGCCUACAAGCAAGUCCUACUACACACUGUGCAGAUAACAACACAAUAGCUGCUAGGUUCUUAAAUAAUGAUUCUUCGCGAGCAGCGGCAAAUUCAGAAAAAGAUUCCAAAAUCCCUCAUUGUGCUGAAUUUGCUACGGAUUUGUCCUCUUCACACACUGAUUCUGAGGUGGAUGCAGCAGCAGCAACUAAAACUGAGACUCCCUGCACUAACACAGGAGACAAGACCUUGCCAUUUCUGCACAAUAUUAAAAUCAAAGUAGAAGACAGUAGUGCUAAUGAAGACUAUGAACCUGACCUUAUUACAAAUAAGCUUAAGUGCGAGUGCAAUGAUACAAAGGGUGAGUUUUACAGUGUGACUGAAAGUAAGGAAGAGAACGCCUUGUUCACCACAGCCAAGGAAGAAGGUUUUGCAUGCCCUGAAAAAGAAACUCCUUCCUUAAACCCACUGGCUCAGAGUCAGGGCCUUUCAUGCACUUUAGGUUCUCCAAAACCUGAGGAUGGGGAAUAUAAAUUUGGUGCCAGGGUGAGAAAAAAUUACCGGACACUAGUACUGGGAAAGCGACCUGUACUUCAGACACCUCCAGUCAAACCAAAUUUGAAAUCAGCUAGAAGUCCUCGUCCUACAGGUAAAACUGAGACACAUGAAGGAACACUGGAUGAUUUUACAGUUAUAAACAGACGCAAAAAGGUAGCCAGCAAUGUAGCAUCAGCAGUGAAAAGGCCAUUUAAUUUCAUGGCAAAUUUUCCUUGUCCACCAUCACUCAUUAUUGGGAAAGAUGGGGAUUUGUGGCCGGCGUAUUCCUUAAACACUACUAAGGAUUCCCAACCUCCUCACAAGGCCCAUCCUAUAUGGAAAUGGCAGCUGGGCGGUUCUGCAAUACCUCUUCCACCUAGUCACAAAUUCAGGAAAUUUAAUUCAUAAAAGUGUUUUGGAAGAUAUUUUCUUGAACCCUAUUACCUUCCUUUUGUUGUAAACUGCACAGGAUGGUUUGUACAAGUCCAUUAAUGUGUUACACCCCUUUUGGAGCCCUGGUUUAUCGCAUUUUGAAGACAGAAAUCGGAUUACUUUUUUCCCAU